GGUGUCCCCAGGGAGAAGCUGGGUGUCCAUGAGACUGUGAACAUCAUCAGCCCCGGGGACGCGGCCACGCUCUUCCAGGCCGAGGGGGCCCUGCCCGAGCGCUUCCGCGUGCCCCCGUGGGUGGCCUACCGCGACUUCCGCAACAAACCCUACGGGGUGCUGCUCAAGACGGGCGAGGCGUGGCGCUCGGACCGGCUGCUGCUCAACCGGGAGGCGCUGGCCCCCGCGGCCGUGGCCGCCUUCGUGCCCCUGCUCAGCGCCGUGGGCGAGGACUUCGUGCGGCGCGCGCGGGCCCAGGCGCGCCAGAGCGGCCACGGCUGCUGGACCGGCGACUUCAGCCACGAGCUCUUCCGCUUCGCCCUCGAGUCCGUGUUCCACGUGCUCUAUGGGGAGCACCUGCUUCUCCCAUUUCCAUCCUCUUCCAUCGCCUUCCAAACCCAUUCCAGCCCAGCUUCUCCCAUUGUCCAUCCUCUUCCAACACCUUCCAAACCCAACCCAGCUUCUCCCAUUGUCCAUCCUCUUCCAUCACCUUCCCAAAUCAACAUUUCCAAACCCCAAAUUGACACAUUUACACAAAAAUCUCCCGCAAAUCCAUUCCCCACACGGGGGAGGUUUCCCCCACACAGUGAAGGGCGUGGCACCUUCAGGGCCACGCCACGCCACUUGCGGGGCGGUGACGCUGAUGUCCCCUCCUUGGUGUCCCCGUGGUGGUGUCCCCGUGUCCCCUCAGCGGACAAGUGCAUCCAGAACGUGUACCGGGACCUGCGGCUGCGGCGCAAGAGCACCCAGGACUACAUGGGCAUCCUGGGCAACCUCAUCCUGCGCGACAAGCUGCCCCUGGACGACAUCCGCGCCAGCGUCACCGAGAUGAUGGCCGGAGGGGUGGACACGACGUCCAUGACGCUGCAGUGGGCCAUGCUGGAGCUGGCGCGGGCUCCGGGCGUGCAGGAGCAGCUGCGGGCUGAGGUCCUGGCAGCCAAGCGCGAGGCAGGAGGAGACCGUGAGAAGAUGCUGAAAUCCACGCGGCUGCUCAAGGCCGCCAUCAAGGAGACGCUCAGGCUGCACCCGGUGGCCGUGACCCUGCAGAGGUACACCACGCACGAGGUCAUCCUGCAGGACUACCGCAUCCCGCCCGGGAUCCUGGAGAACUUCAAGAUCGAGACCAUGCGGGCUGUGGAGAUUGGCACAAAGUUCGACCUCAUCCUGAUCCCGGACCAGCCCAUCCAGCUGACCCUGCGGCCCCUCGACGGCCAGCCCUGAGGACCCCCCCCCGGGGACAUCCCGGUGGCCCCGCGGUGGCAUUUGGGGACAGCAGGGACGCUCUCAGGGCCGCGUCCUCGGCUCAAGGCCGCGCUUACACCACAGGGGAGAUAAAGUGAGGGAUGGGGUGGGAUGGGGAUCCCCGGGGGCCCACCGAGCUCCUCUGACCCUCUGGAAUGUUCUGGACC